AAACUUUCCCCUCAGUUAGAACUCGCAGCUCUUAGCGCAUGGGCGCUGAAUCUCGAUGCGAUCAUAAGUAAACAUGACGCGAAUACGAUUUCAUUUGCUAACGGCCUUGACAACGUGUUUGCUAUGCCUAAUCCGAAUGGGCGCUGCCCAGUUCGCUGUGGCAACGUCCUCGGCAUCAGCUGAUGGCGCAACGGCAUCCUCUAACGCCAUUGCUGCCGCAGCUCAGAUGCUUCAGCAAGGCUUUGGGUUCGGCGGCAGACAACUGGGAGGCAUACCAGAUAGAAGACGGCAGCUACCACCAUGGGGUGGUGUUGGUGGCGGCGGCUGGAAUGGUGGCAAUGGCUGGAAUGGCAGCGGUGGUUGGAACCGACGCGGUGGUUGGAAUGGCGGCAGCGGUUGGAAUAGCGGCGGUGGUUGGAAUACCGGCGGUGGCUGGAAUACCGGCGGUGGCUGGAAUGGCGGCGGUUGGAAUGGUGGUGGAAGGCGUCCUCCUCCUGGUUGGGGAAACUGGGCUGGCGGCAGACCGCAACCUCCAGGCUGGGGUGGUUGGGGUGCUGGAGGUGGCAGACCACAACCUCCUGGCUGGGGUGGCUGGGGUACUGGUGGUGGCCAACGACAACCUCCCGGUUGGACAGACAGAGACCGACAACCACCACCUGGCUGGGAAAAUGGAAAUGGACAGCCACCAUCUGGCUGGGAAAAUGGAAAUGGACAACCUGGCUGGGACAAUGGAAAUGGACAGCCGCCGCCUGGCUGGGAAAAUGGAAAUGGACAGCCGCCAUCUGGCUGGGACAAUGGAAAUGGACAGUCACCACCUGGCUGGGAAAAUGGAAAUGAACAGCCACCGCCCAAUGAGUACGAUCCUUCACGUCCCACCGGGGCCGAUGGCAGUCAGCAAUUCCAAUUGCCUCCGAUUGAGACUCCAUCAACUACAACUACAACGACACCUGUGCCAUUCACCCAACCCACCCAGGAUACAUUGAUCAUCGGCAAAAAUCCACCGCCUUUGAUUAUAUCGCCCACUCCGCCUCCGAGACAAGGAGACACGCUGAUCGUGGGCACAAAUCGUCCACCCCUGGUACCACCUACAACAACAACGCCAUCUCCUCGAUCGAUUGAGUUAUCCCGACUGCGCGACAUUGUUUUUCCCAACUCACUGAAUUACAUCCAUAGUCCAAGCCAGGAGCUUCAAUCUGAGCCUAUAGAUGUGCGCAGACGAAAAUGAUCGAAGCGUUAGAUUAGCCAAUCCCGAGCACCGCCUCUUAUACUAAGUAAAGAUAUUAAUUAUACAUUUAUAUUUAUAGAAGAUUUGCAGUUUAAUAAGCACAAAUAAAGUUGUAUAUUCGCACGGCUCAGUGCUCUCAGAGAUUCAUACUCA